CCGCCGCUCCGUGGGCAGCUACUACUACUGCUGGGCUGGGCUGGGCUGGGCUGGACGGGUUGCGCCGGAGCUCGCCUGCACAGAUCAGCUUCAAAGAGAGGAGAAAAGCCACGCUCCUCUGACCAAGCCGUACGAGCUAAGUGUGUCUGAAAAACACAGCCAGCCCUCCGAUGGCCAGCAACAACACCGCCAGCAUAGCACAAGCCAGGAAGCUGGUAGAACAGCUGAAGAUGGAAGCCAACAUAGAUAGGAUAAAGGUAUCCAAGGCAGCUGCAGAUUUGAUGGCCUAUUGUGAAGCUCAUGCCAAGGAAGAUCCCCUCCUGACUCCAGUUCCAGCUUCAGAAAACCCAUUUAGGGAGAAGAAGUUCUUCUGUGCCAUCCUUUAAGUCUUUAAGAGGCACCUGAAGAGCCUCAGGGCUCCUGGGACACUGAUGUAGAGUUUUUAGCGAAGUGGACGCCUUUCUAGUCCACAGCAUUUAAAGAGAGGGAGGAGAACCAUCCUGGAAACUCCAGGCCAUGCAUGUUUAAAGAACUGGUCCCCUUUAGGAGACUGAAAGCUGAUCCACAUCAUGAGUUAAAAGAUCUGAUAUCUGCAUAACUGCCUGGAGGAGGGGAAUAUGUAAAGUAAAAUUGGUGUCACUUCUUUUCUGCUACCCCCCCCCCCAAAAAAAACCCUUAUGUUUCUGCUUCAUAUUUAAGAAAAUAAAAACUAAAACAGACAGCUGUACUGAAUUAAGAUAUGUAUGGCCUUCUUGGAAUGAAUAUUGUCUUUAGAAUACCCUGUGAUAAACUAAAUUGUCCAGUGUAGCCACAGUUUGGUUAAAUGGCAUUGAUGUUUAGUCUUGUGCCUUUCUUUUCUUUUUUUCCUUUUCCUAUCCCUCCUCUCCCAACCCUGCCCUCUCCCCCCAUUAGACUAGUACAAAGAUAAGGCUGGACUUGUCUGUAAGACCAAACUCCAAGGAUGAGCAUCCAAAUGCUUAGGGAGAUGUUCCUACGAUGUCUCCUCAUGGUAGUAAAAAAAGAAAAUGCCAGUUUUCUGUGUGUUCUUAUCACUAUUCCUAACAUUUGUAUAUGAUAGCCUUGAUUCUGCAAGUAAAAGUAAAUAAUGUGUUGUGACUGGUGCUUUCAUAUAUUUGUGAUAAUUUUUGAGUAAUACUGCAUGAAAUUGUCCCUAUGUUACAUCCAUUCAGAAGUUUUGUUGUUUUAUUGUAAUGCUGGGAGAAGAAACUAGAGAGAAAAGAAGCUGGAGAGAAAAACUCAAUAUUUUGAAGACAGAGAUUACUUCAGAGCCUUAGCCAUGCCCAAAAUAUCUCCUAGAUAACUACUGUGUAAAUGCCUCUUCAAAAUGUUUUUCAGAAUCCAAACCAUUUUGGUUUUAUCCAGGAUUCGGGGCAGCACAGAUCCCACCAAGCAUGAGAGGUGAAGAGUCACCAUCAUUGGGAAGUGCUUUUGCCAAAGUGUAUAAGCAAGUUGCUUCUUCUUUCCCUGAAUCACGGAAGUCCUAGAUUGAAAGAACGCUUUCUGCUAUUCUUAACAAGAAAACUGUAGCCCUCCUUUGUUGACGUGUCGGGAGAAGUAAUCCCAUGGCUCCAGAGAAGGCAACCAAUUCUUAGAACUCCAGCAGAUGAGCCACCACAUCCGAUUACCCACUGUUUGGGUAGCAGGUUCAGCCCCUGCGGCCACUCCUCCAGGAAAGGAUUCCGGCUUUUUUCCACUGAGAUGGUCUUUGUUUUUCACUCACCAAAUUUUUCAAUGGGGUCUUUUUGGUUUUGGUUUUGUUCUCCACCUUGUUUGUUAGUGUUUCUAAGUCUUUAUUUGCAACUUCCUUGCAGCUAGACCUCUCUCUUCCUCGGCUAUGAUAUUGAGAGUGCUUUUUCAU